AUGACAAAGCUCAGCACAACCUCAGUUUCGCUCGCCGUCACACCCACUGUCGUGGCGACACUGUUCUCUCAUUAUCUCAAUAGGGAACCUCUCAGGGAGAAGCCAACAGCGCACCUCUCCUACGACGAAGGCCUACGCUUGAUUCGAACGUUCCUACAGCAUGCCUCUCGCCACACCGUCGAAGAUCUGCAGGCAUUCUCUGGCCAAUGGGUGCCCUCACCUCAAUGGGUGAAGCUCGAGAAUGUCAAGAUACCGGAAGAACAGCUGUCGCGGUCCGCUGAAUUGAUCAACGAGGAGCUUGGUGAGGAGGGCCGCGCCUUGGUCGGAGGCAGCCUUUGGUGGCAAUGGCGCAGACCAAAGAAGCCCCUCGAGGCUGAAUGGAUUGAGAUGCGCGCCCACGCGAAUGAGAGAAAGAAAGCUGGCAACCCAGGUGAACGCGUCAUUCUGUACUUCCACGGCGGCGGCUAUUAUUUCGGCAGCGUAGACGAGCACCGCUACCAGAUGCAGCGUCAUGCGCGCAAGCUAAAGGCCAGGGUGCUUGCACCGAGAUAUCGACUGGCGCCACAGUUCCCCUUUCCCUGCGGUCUACAAGACUGUCUGGCCGCGUAUCUGCACUUGCUGUCGUCCCAGGACCCCAGCACUAUCAUCUUAGCCGGUGACUCUGCCGGCGGUGGCAUGGCCACGGCCGUUUUGCUGAUUCUACGCAACCAAGGCUUGCCGCUUCCAGCUGGUGCUAUCCUCAUCAGUCCUUGGGUAGACCUGACACACUCGUUCCCGAGUAUUGCUGGUGAUGCCCCAAUGGACUAUAUUCCUGCAAAUGGAUUUCACCACAGACCCUCCAAGGCAUGGCCUCCGCCAAACGAUGACGACAUUGCCGAAAUCAAGCGAGAAGCGCACCAGCUGAAGCGCGUGCGCACGGGAACUACUGAGGCUCAAGAUGCCAAAUCUAAACCCACACCAGAAUUUGAGCACAAACCUGAUGAACGGCAGUAUAUCAAGCUCGAUAUCGAUGGGCAGCCAGUCACCGUCAAGGACCAGAUCCAGCUCUAUACCACCAACGCACUUCUGUCCCAUCCUCUUGUUAGCCCAGUGCUGCAAGCCAGUCUCGGCGGGCUCCCCCCAUUACUCAUCAUGGUCGGUGGCGGAGAGAUCUUGCGUGACGAGCAAAUUUACCUGGCUCACAAGUGUGCCAACCCUCAGAAAUAUGCACCUCCGGCUGAGAGGUUAUCAGCCAGAGAAAAGGAGCAGCUCGCCAAAUUCAAGCCUACUGACGUGCAGCUGCAAGUCUGGGACGACCUAUGUCACGUUGCCCCCACACUGAGCUUCACCAAACCGGCAAAGUUCAUGUACCGGUCAAUCGCGCAGUUCGGCGCGUGGCUGCUUGCAAGAGCCCAACACCGUGGAAUCGACAUUAUGGACGAUGAUCGGAUCUCUGUCAUUACUUCCACAGACUCUGAUACUCAAGAGGGCAAUGGUGACGGAAGAGAAGACGAAGAAAGACGCGAGAAGGAGGAUACCGCUGAGGCUACACCUGGGCAAGUUGGUAAAGCUGGUGACCCCCUUCCACCGUUCAAGAAUCAUAUGAUUCGACAACGAGUGACUCGCCAUGGCGUAACUCUUCCCCUUGCGCCAGAGAAGGAGCUGCAGGCUUGUACAAUGGAACCGGCAGAGGUUGGAGUGUUCAAAGCAGGAACAGCAAAGAAGUGGCUUGCUACUCGUCGCGAAUACGACACCAAAUACGCUCGUGCCAAGGCAAAGGUUCACAGGCAGCUGGUCAGCGAUCUCGCUACCGGUUUUCAAGACUUUGGCCCCGGCGAACUCCCACCACCGGCAGCUCUAGCAGGUCGACGCAAGCUCGAAUCCCACAUGGUCGAGACCAAGAAGAAGAGAAGCUUUGGUCUAUCUCUCUGGUCACUGUGGGGAUCCAAGCAUGACGAGGAAACAAUGGAGCGAGAGGAGCACGCCGACCAACGGCCUGAGAUUGAAGUUGUCGAAGAAGAUGCUGGAGGUCGCGUUUCUCAUAGAGAGCUAGACGACGAACAGCGAAAGCCAGUGCAGAGCCCUGGUGACUUCACAAGUCGAAGCCGGUCUCGUCGCAGAACCGUUGUUGACGAACAUCAGACAGAGCAGAGCAAUGCCGAUGGAGAGACGCCAGUCAUCCAGCUACUGCACCAGCGACAAGAACAAGAAGCGGCCCACCCCGGUCUGUUGAGUCCAGACUACGUACCAGAGACCGGUGUCGCUGGGAAGCGCCCCUUCCUCAAGGGCCUGGCCUUGCCUUUUAGUCUGAACAAGGAUGCCGACACUGCUAGCAUGGUCACUCUUCAGUCUCACGCCAGCCCCAGCAAGGAGGCAAACAAGCAGCUUGUCUUGCCGUAUGGCUCUGGCUCUGCCGAUGGAGACACGGCGACGCAGCAGUCUGCUCUGGGCAAGUCGCCAGCCCUGUUCGUACCAAAUGGCGCUGCGGCAUAG